AUGUCUGCUCUUCACUCUUCGGUCAUAAAGAACGGUGGGGGUUGGUGCUGGUAUGGUAUGUGAGGACGGUGUUGGCUGUGGGUGGAAUGGAUGAUGAGUAGAACCGUCAAGGUCACAGUAUGGCACGUGAUGCGAUAGGACAUCCCUUUAGUAUGUGGCCGGCAGGCUGGGAUUACUGUUCAGAAUUGGCACGCUGAACCGAGUGGGACAUCUGCCAAAAAAGGGAGAGUGGAAAAAGAGACUGAAUAGUAUAGUGAGCAGUGAGCACCUUAUAGGUGCCCAGGGAAUAACAUUACAGCAAUUACAUGUACAUUUUCAGUGGACACAAAGACCAUCAUGCUGCGCUGUUGAUACCUGCCUGAACAGUGAAGACGUUGUUCUGGUUUCUAGCCAAUUAAACACAGGCCUGCUUCGCAGUCUCCCUUUCAUAUCUGCCCUAUUGUCCUUUUUAAAAUAAUUUUCAUGACUCCACCAGGGGGUUUUAGACAGAUUCUCGUUUGCUUAGACCUCAUGGUGUGAUUUGAUUCAUCAGCAGUUCAUUAAGAGAAAUCAAUGUUUACUCGCAGGAGUCUGGCUUUUUUAACACACUGAACCCAUCAACCCUGGCUGCAUGUCAAAAAUGUGCUCCGUCGCCCCUCCCUCCAGAACACUCACCAUAGAAGAAUGUUUACUUAGCAGGCACAACUGACCGCUUACUCACGAGACCCAUCAUGGAUUCUUGUCAGGAAACUAUCUGAUAGACAAAUGUUCUAACUGAAAAAAUAAUUUCAGUUUUGAAAUGGAACUCCCGCAUUUGUCAGACCAGUGGAAGACUAUUGAUAAAUGUGGUCUUUCACCCCUCAGUGGUGAUUGGGGUAACAACUGCAGCUCUUGUUGACUGUCCUUGCCGCUGCCCUUGUUUCCCUUUGGCUCACACCACGGCCUCUCUCAGGCUGCUGCUCACCUUGUUUGCCAAGAGGUUCCUCAGCCAGAUUGAGAUUCAUUUUAAGGAGGGAGCUGCAGGCUGGCCUGACUGACUGACUGGCUGUUUGGAGGAGCUUGUCUCUCUGAAGUCAUCCCAUUACAUCAGAGCUAAAGCAUGGAGUUGUCUGUCUGCCCCUCCAGAGAUCACUUCUUAUUAGGAUCGACUGACAUCAAUCUGUCUUUCGAUUCCCUCUCUCUCUCAAGCAUGUUUGCGACGCAUCCGUCUCACACAUCCAGACAGAUUUUUCUCUUGUGCAAUCUCUCACUCUCUUUCCUACCUAUCUCCAGUCUGCUUUCAGACUGAAGGUCACUGAAGUGGUUGUCCACCGUUCUGUUAAUUUCAGACACUUAUCGAGUGCUGUCUGUGCAGUCCAGAGAGGAGUGGAUUUAAAUGUAGAUUGGCUGCUCCUCAGCUUUGAUUUUAUUUAUUCGGAUCCCCAUUAGCCGACGCCAAUGGCGACAGCUAGUCCUCUCUCUAAACAGAUCUUGCUGAUAAAAAUGUUGAUUAGCAAGCAACUUAUUUUUUUUUUUCUUCCACCUCCUUCUUCCUCACUCUGUAUCAUAUUUUCUCCCAAGACCAUAUUUCCUCCCUCUCCCAUGCAUUGCCCUGGCUUUUAAAUAUACACAAUAUAUACAAAAGUAUGUGGACACCCCGUCAAAUUUGUGGAUUUGGCUAUUUCAGCCACACCCAUUGCUGACGGGUGUAUAAAAUCGAUCACAAAGCCAUGCAAUCUCCAUAGACAAACAUUGGCAGUAGAAUGGCCUUAGUGAAGAGAUCAGUGACUUUCAACGUGGCACCGUCACAGGAUGCCACCUUUCCAACAAGUCAGUUUGUCAAAUGUCUGCCCUGCUAGAGCUGCCCCGGUCAACUGUAAGUGCUGUCAUUGUGAAGUGGAAACGUCUAGGAGCAACAACGGCUCAUCCGCGAAGUGGUAGGCCACACAAGGUCACAGAACGGGACAGACGAGGGCUGAAGCGCGUAAAAAUCAUCUGUCCAUCUGUCCAAGAACUGUUCGUCGGGAGCUUCGUGAAAUGGGUUUCUAUGGCCGAACAGCCGCACACAAGCCUAAGAUCACCAUGCGCAAUGCCAAGCGUGGGCUGGAGUGGUGUAAAGCUGGCAUGCACAGAGCCCUGACCUCAACCCCAUCGAACACCUUUGGGAUGAAUUGGAACGCUGACUGCGUGCCAGGCCUAAUCGCCCAACAUCAGUGUCUGACCUCACUAAUUCUCUUGUGGCUGAAUGAAUGCAAGUCCCCGCAGCAAUGUUCCAACAUCUAGUGGAAAUCCUUCCCAGAAGAGUGGAGGCUGUUAUAGCAGCAGGGGGGGGACCAACUCCAUAUUAAUGCCCAUGAUUUUGGAAUUAGAUGUUUGACAAGCAGGUGUCCACAUACUUUUGGUCAUGUAGUGUACAUGAAGUCAUGAACCUCAAGAAAGGCAUUGAUAUUAAGAAUAGUUCUAUUUUCUUUUCCUGGCCCUCUCUUUUUGAGAUGGUCAUCAUGAAAUAUAUUAUAUCUACCUCUACAAGUUGCUCUCUUCAACAGCUGUAGUUCUUCUUCUUCUUCUAAGUUGAUACAGUAGACUGGAGUGCCUAUUUAUACUCAGCUCUGAGCAUUGACAUCUGCUUAGCUAUGAAUGAGGCUGGAACCCUUACAUCGUCAUCCUUAUCUGCCCAGAUUGUGUCUAGUGAUGUCUGUACUAACAAAGUGUAUUAACCUAGGAUUAGCCUUUUGUGUUGUGCAAUAUCUUUUUUUUAUGUACUUAGCUAGCGACAGUAAUCCUGGGGGUUAUUGAGAAAAGGUCUCUUAAGUGAUUUUAGGGCAAAGAGGUGGAGCUGCUGCCAGGCUUUUAGUGGAUUAGUUGUACACCCUAAUCUGCAAUAUUCCCUGCAUAUAAGGAUUUUGUGUCGGUGUGUUAAACAUGUAUGUUUCAUUUUUUUGUUGGCAAGAGACUGACCAUAACAAGGCAAUUUUAUUUUUGUCAGUUUACAGAGAAGGCUAAGUAGUAUAUCGGUUGUCUGUCUCUCUCAAAUGGAUUUUGUCUCCCAAUUUGCAAUUUGAAUGCACAGAGAUACCAUGACGAGAUCCUGAAGCCCAUUGUCGUGCCAUUCAUCCGACGCCAUCACCUCAUGUUUCAGCAUGAUAAUGCACAGCCCCAUGUCGCAAGGAUCUGUACCCAAUUCCUGGAAGCUGAAAAUGUCCCAGUUCUUCCAUGGCCUGCAUACUCACCAGACAUGUCACCCAUUGAGCAUGUUUUGGAUGCUCUGGAUCGACGUGUACAACAGUGUGUUCCAGUUCCCAUAAAUAUCCAGCAACUUCGCACAGCCAUUAAAGAGGAGUUGGACAACAUUCCACAGGCCACAAUCAACAGCCUGAUCAACUCUAUGUGAAGGAGAUGUCGCGCUGCAUGAGGCAAAUGGUGGUCACACCAGAUACAGACUGGUUUUCUGAUUCACGUCCCUACUUUUUUUUUUAAGGUACACUACAUGACCGAAAGUAUGUGGACACCUGCUCGUCUAACAUCUCAUAACAAAAUCAUGGGCAUUAAUAUGGAGUUGCCCCCCCCUUGCUGCUAUAACAGCCUCCACUCUUCUGGAAAGGCUUUCCACUAGAUGAUGGAACAUUGCUACGGGGACUUGAUUCCAUUUAGCCACGAGCAUUAGUGAGGACGGGCACUGAUGUUGGGCUAUUAGGCCUGGCUCGCAGUCGGUUUUCCAAUUAAUCCCAAAGUUGUUUGAGGUCAGGGCUCUAUGCAGGCCAGUCAAGUUCUUCUUUAACGAUCUCAACAAACCAUUUCUGUAUGGACCUUGCUUUGUGCUGUCAUGCUGAAACAGGGCAUUCUCCAAACUGUUGCCACAAAGUCAGAAGCACAGAAUUCAAUUGAACUAAGGGGCCUUGCCCGAACCAUGAAAAACAGCCCCAGACCAUUAUUCCUCCUCCACCAAACUUUACAGUUGGCACUAUGCAUUGGGGCAGGUAGCGUUCUCCUGGCAUCUGCCAAACCCAGAUUCUUCUGUCAGACUGCCAGAUGGUGAAGCGUGAUUCAUCACUUCAGAGAACGCGUUUCCACUGCUCCAGAGUCCAAUGGCGGCGAGCUUUACACCACUCCAGCCGAUCCUUGGUAUUGCGCAUGGUGAUCUUAGGCUUGUGUGCUGCUGCUCGGCCAUAGAAACCCAUUUCAUGAAGCUUCCGACGAACAGUUCUUGUGCUGACGUUGCUUUCAAAUGCAGUUUGGAACUCGGUAGGGAGUGUUGCAACCGAGGACAGAUGAUUUUUACAUGCUUCAGCACUCAGUGGUCCCGUUCUGUGAGCUUGUGUGGCAUACCACUUGGUGGCUGAGCUGUUGUUGCUCCUAGAUGUUUCCACUUCACAAUAACAGCACUUACAGUUGACCGGGGCAGCUCUAGCAGGGCAGACAUUUUACCAACUGACUUGUUGGGAAGGUGGCAUCCCCUAUGACAGUGCCACGUUGAAAGUCACUGAGCUCUUCAGUAAGGCCAUUCUACUGCCAAUUAUAUUUCUAUGGAGAUUGCAUGGCUGUGUGCUCGAUUUUAUACACCUGUCAGCAACGGGUGUGGCAGAAAUAGCUGAAUCCACUCAUUUGAAGGGGUGUCCACAUACUUAUGUAUGUAUAUUGUAUCUGUGACCAACAGUCAUGUGAAAUCCAUAGAUUAGGGCCUAAUGCAUUUAUUUCAAUUGACUGAUUUCCUUAAAUGAACUGUAACUCAGUAAAAUCUUUGAAUUUGUUGCAUGUUGCGUUUUAUAUUUUCGUUCAGUAUAUAACAGAAACCUCAUGUAGCCAUCUUAUUUUUAGUACUUGCUACACAUUGUCAAUCAAUAUGUGUCAGUGCAAUGUUAGGUGAGAAGUACUUUUGUUGGUGUCCAAUAUCACUAGGAAUGUGAGAAAUCAAUGCAAAUAUUGCCUCAAUUGAUUUUCUCAACCCUAAGUGGGUCCUGGACCUUCAAACUCUAUUUGGCCCAGAAAUAAAUACCCAAUAGAGGGUAGGCCUAGUUUUUACAUUAUGUUUUAAUGUGUUAAACUCUAAGGUCCGACCAUUGUCUUCCCUUCUUUCUCUUUCAGCCCGCUGUUUGUCACAUGGAAAAUAGGCAGAGACAAGCGGUUGAGGGGAUGUAUAGGUACAUUUUCUGCCAUGAACCUGCACUCAGGACUCAGGGAGUACACCCUUACCAGGUAAGCCUCUCUCUUAACUUGAUCAUCAUGUCCGGAGUUCCAAGCAUGUACUGCACUUUCUUUAGGCUAAACUACUGCAGUCAGGCUUUUUCUCUAAACAAAAGUAUCCCUCGGUGGAAGAUAAAAGUAGUGCAGCUGGUUCAGACCCGUCAAGCGCUAUGAGGCGGAGGGUGGUGAGCAGUGACGGGGGAGACGAGUGUAGGCGCUAGCAGACACACCGUGUCUGUGUUAUCUCCCUGUCGUCUGCUGGGAUAUCUCCGGAGGGACUGGCUGACUGUCACACUCAUAGGCAUGAACAACAAAAGAGGGGGAGGGAAUGGGGGAUGAUGACACAUCCUUUGGGAUAAAAAAAAUCACCCAACAUUUCCCUUUUGUGGUGUUGAAGUAAAAAAUAAUGGCAGAUUUUGUUUUGAGUUGUCCGGGUGUGAAGUGGAUUUAUCUUUUGUUUCUGUUCUUAUUCAGUCACUGAAAGAGACCCCCCCCCCCCCACCACCACCACCACCACCAAAGCAACAAUUAUGCUUUGUUGGAUUAUGUAAGGAAAGGGCUCAUUCAUCGGGGACAAACUGCAUACCAGCUGGACAGGAAAAAAUAACUGUAUUUGAAUGGGCAGGGGCUGUAAGGCUGAGCUGUAGCUCUCUAUCGCUUUCUCACACACAUACAGUUACAUACACACUCACUCACAGGCACACACUGACAUCUGGAACUGGGCUCCUAUUGGCUACAAGUUAAGACUCCUGCCAGCCUCCUAUUGGCCAGCGCUGUUGCUAGGAUGAUUACACACUAUAGAGGAGGUGAUGCACUGCAACAGAGAGAUCAAGCUUUCUGCUGUCACCGCAAAUGUCAAGUUGGACUCGACUAAAUCAAUUAAUUUAUUUGAUCUGAUAACAUAGGAGCCCUUACAAUAACAUUUCAGCAAAAAAUGUUUUUUUUUUAGUUGACAUGCAUAUUUUUUAAGAGCCUCAAGCAAAGUGUUUCCCCUAGCUUUUGUUUUUAAGUUCACCGUAGGUACAGUCAAGGUUAGAGGAUAAUGCUUUUUGAAGUUUCUUCUGUGGACUGAACUGUACCUAAGUACCACAAAUUUCAGACCUCCCGGUUCAUUCAUUUUUCGAAGGGGAGAACAGUGUGUUGUGAGGGGGAACCAAAAAACAGGGCGAAGCGUCCAGAUGAGGAUGCCAGUAAAGCUGACGGUUUUCUUCACUCAGCAUGAAUGCCUCUGUGAGCACUAACGUCAUUAGUGAGGCCUGGGGUUCUUCUGGGGGAAAAAGGGGGCCUUUUGGUAUUCAACUCUAACAGUAAUGUUAUCAAUAUUACUGGCUUCUUUGAUAAAAAGGAUCAUCCUUCAUGUCUUACAUACAAAAGUCAAUAUGCUAAGAUUUUCUAGCUUGUUUGUCUGAAACAAAAAGCUGUGUCUGAUCAUGUAUUUUGCUGAGCCAAACAGACAGGGCGGCUUUAGUUUCUGUCUCAGGGCUCCUGCUAACUAACCCAUGGUUGUUUUUUGUUUUCAGAUACUUUUUCCUCCCACUGCAUUCCAAUCUCCCUGGUUCUCAUUUUUCCAAUUUGUAGAUAUCCUAAUGCCACAAUCUCACCAGGCAGAACAGAAUGCAUGCUUAGGAAGAUGUUCUUGUGUCAAAUACAGUUAGUUUCUGACUGUGCCUGUUCAAUCCUCCCUACAAACAAUUGUGGCUCACCUCUGCUGAUGAGACCUUUUAAAAACAAUGUUUUAAAUAAAUGAUCAUGUUUCAGAGAGCAGAAUGUUCAUGGCUGAGGGAAAGAAUGAUUAUAAUACAGAUGGCUGGAAGCAGUUAUUGCACAAAGUAAGCCAUGUCCUAUAAUUAUCCAGUUAAUGUUUAGGGAAUUUAGGCUAUACCUCAGCAAUUCUACAGAACACCUCUCCCCCUCUUACCAUGUACAAAAAUAUAACAAGGAGCUUGGAGCUUGUGUGUGUUUUCAGUUCUGUGUACGUCAAAGGACAUUCGGUGCUGAAUAAAUCAUGCAACGCAUGUACAUCCAGCGGAGGAACGGCCCCAGGGACCUCCAAUAAGGUUUUACCUCCCUGAGAGAGGCUACUCAGUGCUCUGCCUGGCUCUCAGAAAUGUAUGGAACUAAUUUACACUGUCAUGGCCAGUUCAGAUGCACCUUUGCCUGUUUAAAGGUCCCCAACAGUCAUUCUUAUUCACAUGUAAAAUAGCCUUUUGAGUGACUAAAACAUCACCCAUACAAUUUUUCUGAUUUAAAAUGCUCAAAAUUGGAGAAAAAGUACUUAUUCUCUCAUUUCAAACUACCAGGAAGUCUGAAAAGACAGACUGAGCUAAUAGGCUGUGUGGGCGGGGAGCUCACCUUGACUUAAAGUUAUUUGAAAACGCCUAUAUCAAACAACAUGGACGCAGUGCUGCAGUGAGAUUAUCUCAAGGAAAUCUGCUGAUACACAAAGCAACUCACACAUGGUUUUGCAGAUUAUUAGUUUAUCCUGUUUGGUUAUUGUAACAGGAUCAAUAUAGACAAAAUGUUGACUGUAUAAUUUAGCUAGCUAGCCCAAAUAGAAUUGUCAGCAGUGUUUAGCAAGCUAGCUAGCUGAUUCAUCUUGGACAAUUUUACUUUCAAAUUAAAUCAAAUUUGAUUUGUCACAUGCUUCAUAAACUAAAGGUGUAGACUAUCAGUGAAAUGCUUACUUACAGGCCCUUCCCAACAAUGCAGAGGGGAAAAAAUAGUGUAAUAUAAAAAUAACAGAAGGAUACGAUAACUUGGCUAUAUACACGGGGUACCAGUACUGAGUCGAUGUGCAGGGGUACGAGGUAAUUAUGUACAUAUACAGUGCCUUGCAAAAGUAUUCAUCCCCUUUGGUGUUUUUUCUAUUUUGUUGCAUUACAACCUGUAAUUUAAAUGGAUUUUUAUUUGGAUUUCAUGUAAUGGACAUACACAAAAUAGUCCAAAUUGGUGAAGUGAAAUUAAAAAAAGAACUUGUUCCUAAAAAUUCUAGAAAAUAAAUAACGGAAAAGUGGUGCGUGCAUAUGUAUUCACCCCCUUUGCUAUGAAGCCCCUAAAUAAGAUCGGGUGCAACCAAUUACCUUCAGAAGUCACAUAAUUAGUUAGAUUGCACACAGCUGGACUUUAUUUAAGUGUCACAUGAUCUGUCACAUGAUCUCAGUGUAUAUAUACACCUUUUCUGAAAGGCCCCAGAGUCUGCAACACCACUAAGCAAGGGGCACCACCAAGCAAGCGGCACCAUGAAGACCAAAGAGCUCUCCAAACAGGUCAGGGACAAAGUUGUGGAGAAGUACAGAUCAGGGUUGGGUUAUAAAAAAAUAUUUAAAACUUUGAACAUCCCAAGGAGCACCAUUUAAAUCCAUUAUUAAGAAAAUGGAAAGAAUAUGGCACCACAACAAACCUGGCAAGAGAGGGCCGCCCACCAAAACUCAUGGACCAGGCAAGGAGGGCAUUAAUCAGAGAGGCAACAAAGAGACCAAAGAUGACCCUGAAGGAGCUGCAAAGCUCCACAGCGGAGAUUGGAGUAUCUGACCAUAGGACCACUUUAAGCCGUACACUCCACAGAGCUGGGCUUUAUGGAAGAGUGGUCAGAAAAAAGCCAUUGCUUAAAGAAAAAAAUAAGCAAACAUGUUUGGUGUUCGCCAAAAGGCAUGUGGGAGACUCCCCAAACAUAUGGAAGAAGGUACUCUGGUCAAAUGAGACAAAAAUUGAGCUUUUUGGCCAUCAAGGAGAACGCUAUGUCUGGUGCAAACCCAACACCUCAUCACCCCGAGAACACCAUCCCCACAGUGAAGCAUGGUGGUGGCAGCAUCAUACUGUGGCGAUGUUUUUCAUCGGCAGGGACUGGGAAACUGGUCAGAAUUGAAGGAAUGAUGGAUGGCGCUAAAUACAGAGAAAUUCUUGAGGGAAACCUGUUUCAGUCUUCCAGAGAUUUGAGACUGGGACGGAGGUUCACCUUCCAGCAGACAAUGAUCCUAAGCCUACUGCUAAAGCAACACUUGAGUGGUUUAAGGGGAAACAUUUAAAUGUCUUGGAAUGGCCUAGUCAAAGCACAGACCUCAAUCCAAUUGAGAAUCUGUGGUAUGACUUAAAGAUUGCUGUACACCAGCGGAACCCAUCCAACUUGAAGGAGCUGGAGCAGUUUUGCCUUGAAGAAUGGGCAAAAAUCCCAGUGGCAAGAUGUGCCAAGCUUAUAGAGACAUACCCCAUGAGACAUGCAGCUGUAAUUGCUGCAAAAGGUGGCUCUACAAAGUAUUGACUUGACCCCUCCUGAGAUGUGUGCAAACCUGGUGGCCAACUACAAGAAAUGUCUGACCUCUGUGAUUGCCAACAAGGGUUUUGCCACCAAGUACUAAGUCAUGUUUUGCAGAGGGGUCAAAUACUUAUUUCCCUCAUUAAAAUGCAAAUCAAUUUAUAAAAUUUUUGACAUGCGUUUUUCUUUAGGAUCAAACUUUAUCGUUGUAAAAGCAACAGUAAAAGGAAGUAAGGCAGUAUCUUAUUUUAUGCAAAGUAUAGGCAGAUGUGUAUUACAUUUUAGUAAUAGUUUUAGUCAUUAUUUCUUAGACAUCUUUCUUAGGGUGUGAUUGAGACUGGACUUAGUGAGCUUAAACCAACCUAAUAGCCUCUGUGGCCCACAGUGGGGGAGAGAGGAUCCAGUUGAGCAGUGUGUUGUUUUUCUGUGUGUUUAUACAUGUGUGGCGGGGGAUGAGACGAUUCAUUAAAGAAUGCGUUCACUUUACAGUGGCUGGGCAAAACCGGUUUGAAUGUUUGUCUGUGUCAGUCUGUUUGUCUGCAUGUGUUACUCAUGUGAUCUGCACUAGUGUCAAAAGGGCCUUUCAGCCUUGCUGCAAAGCUACACCCGCCCAAUGAUCUGUCAUGCACCGUAGGAAUGUCAUAUAUUAGUGUGUGUUCGUUGUCCUGUUUUAUAUAUACUAUGAAGUAACUGACAAUGUUUUGGAGGUCAGGCUCAUCAAUUCUCUCGUGACUUCCAUCAUUUAUCUUUGGGACCAUUGUUUCCCUUCAUUGUAGACCCUGUAUUAAAUAUAUUUUUAACUUCAGAUGAUAGAUGACAAUCGGAUCACUGUUUUGCAUCCAUCUGGUUAUUAUACUGUGUUCUAUGGAUAAGCCUACAUCAGCAGCGUUGGUCUGUAGAGAACAAACAGCUAAGUAUCCUGCUCCUCCAGGAUACUGUCAGAGGAUCUAACAAAGCAUGUUGUGUCUCUGUAAUGUGGUAUGCAUGCUGUCCAGAACAGCCAUUUUGUAGAGGUUGAGAUCAUCGGUUUGUUUUAGUAGACGGCCCUCUUGCUCUGAAACUACCAGCCAGGCAGACUUGUCACGUUCCUGUUGUACUCCUCUCUCUCUGCUAGAACUGGUGAUGACUGCACUCAAGGCCACCAGCAAAGGAAUGUGGACACAUCUACUUAGUGGUUGCAGUCUUGUUUGUAUUCAGCUAUAAGGCCUAAAUGUAGCAUAUAAAUGUGAACAUGUGUAAAAUACAGUAUUAAUGCAACCAGGCCUAUUUUGAUAAAAGUGUCAGCUCAGUAAAAAUACAGGCUUAUUUGUAUAAUGACUCAUCUGAGACUGAGGGUAAGCCUCACUACUCCCCUGUAUUGCCAGAUGUAUGUGGGCAAUGUUUGUGUGUGCAUCCAUAUUGAGUCUACUGUCUGAGGAAGAUUUGCCAACCCUGCCCAUCUAAUCAAUGUUUAAUCUGCUGCUCUGCUACCAGUAGCAUGUCGAAUUCCCCUCUCUCCCAGGGAGCUGCAGAGAAUGGAUGCAACACGGGCAUUAGAAUAAUUUAUCCAGCCAUGGCUGUUGUUUGGAGGUGCCUGACACAAAAUAAAUCAUUUUGUGAAACAAACAGGAAAUAAGACAAACUGAAAACUUGAAUUGCCACCUUUUGCAGCAAUUACAGAUGCAAGUCUCUUGGGGUAUGUCUCUAUAAGCUUGGCACAUCUAGCCACGGGGAUUUUUGCCCAUUCUUCAAGGCAAAACUGCUCCAGCUCCUUCAAGUUGGAUGGGUUCCGCUGGUGAACAGCAAUCUUUAAAUCAUACCACAGAUUCUCAAUUGGAUUGAGGUCUGGGCUUUGACUAGGCCCUUCCAAUACAUUUAAAUGUUUUCCCUUAAACCACUCGAGUGUUGCUUUAGCAGUAUGCUUAGGAUCAUUGUCCUGCUGGAAGGUGAACCUCCGUCCCAGUCUCAAAUCUCUGGAAGACUAACAGGUUUCCCUCAAGAAUGUCCCUGUAUUUAGCGCCAUCCAUCAUUCCUUCAAUUUUGACCAGUUUCCCAGUCCCUGCCGGUGAAAAACAUCCUCACAGCAUGAUGCUGCCACCACCAUGAUUUGCUUUUUGAUGGCCAAAAAGCUCAAUUUUAGUUUCAUCUGACCAGAGUACCUUCUUCAAUAUGUUUGGGGAGUCUCCCACAUGGCUUUUGGCGAACACCAAACGUUAUGUUAGCUUAUUUUUGUCUUUAAGCAAUGGCUUUUUUCUGGCCACUAUUCCGUAAAGCCCAGCUCUGUGGAGUGUACGGCUUAAAGUGGUCCUAUGGACAGAUACUCCAAUCUCGGCUGUGGAGCUUUGCAACUCCUUCAGGGUUAUCUUUGGUUUCUUUGUUGUGCCUCGGAUUAAUGCCCUCCUUGCCUGGUCCAUGAGUUUUGGUGGGCGGCCCUCUCUUGGCAGGUUUGUUGUGGUGCCAUAUUCUUUCCAUUUUCUUAAUAAUGGAUUUAAUGGUGCUCCGUGGGAUGUUCAAUGUUUCUGAUAUUUUUUUAUAACCCAACCCUGAUCUGUACUUCUCCACAACUUUGUCCCUGACCUGUUUGGAGAGCUCCUUGGUCUUCAUGGUGCCGCUUGCUUGGUGGUGCCCCUUGCUUAGUGGUGUUGCAGACUCUGGGGCCUUUCAGAAAAGGUGUAUAUAUACUGAGAUCAGAUGAUGUGACACUUAGAUUUCACACAGGUGGACUUAUUUAACUAAUUGUGUGACUUCUGAAGGUAAUUGGUUGCACCAGAUUUUAUUUAGGGGCUUUAUAGCAAAGGGGGUGAAUACAUAUGCACGCACCACUUUUCCGUUAUUUAUUUUCUAGAAUUUUUAGGAACAAGUUCUUUUUUUAAUUUCACUUCACCAAUUUGGACUAUUUUGUGUAUGUCCAUUACAUGAAAUCCAAAUAAAAAUCCAUUUAAAUUACAGGUUGUAAUGCAACAAAAUAGAAAAAACGCCAAAGGGGAUGAAUUUUUUGGAACAAGUUAUUUUUUCCAUUUCACUUCACUAUUUUGUGUAUGUCCAUUACAUGAAAUCUAAAUAAUCUAUUUAAAUGACAGGUUGUAAUGCAACAAAAUAGGGAAAACGCAAAGGGGGAUGAAUACUUUUGCAAGGCACUGUAGCAGCAGUGUGUGUGAAGGAAUGUAAGUGUGCAUGUGUGUUGGAGUGUCAGUGUAGUAUGUGUGUGUGUGUGGUUAGAGUCCAGUUAGUGUACAUCGAGCCUGUGCAAGAGAGUCGGUGCAAAAAAUAAGAGUAAAAUAAGGGGGUCAAUGCAAAUAGUCAGGGUAGCGUUUCAUUAACUGUUCAGCAGUCUUAUGGCUUGGGGGUAGAAGCCCUCGGGUGCCACUUGUAGCAGAGAGAACUGUUGAUGACUUGGGUGGCUGGAGUCUUUGACAAUUUCAUGUUUAUUUCAUGUUUAUUUUUAUUUGGAUUUUAUGUUUAUUUGGAAAAAAUGUAGGGCCUUCCUCUGACACCACCUGGCAUAGAGUUCUUGGAUGGCAGGAAGCUCGGCCCCUGUGAUGUACUGGGCCGUACGCACGACCCUCUGUAUGCUGAGCAGUUGCCAUAGCAAGCAGUGAUGCAACCAGUCAGUAUGCUCCCGAUGGUGCAGCUGUAGAAUUUUUUGAGGAUCUGAGGUCCCAUGCCAAAUCUUUUCAGCCUCGUGAUGGGGCAUAGGCGUUGUCGUGCCCUCUUCGCGACUGUCUUGGUGUGUUUGGACCAUGAUAGGUCCUUAGUGAUGUGGACACCAAGGAACAUGAAGCUCUCAACCUGCUCCACUACAGCCCCGUCGAUGUGGAUGGGGGCACGCUCUGCCCUCCUUUUCCCGUAGUCCACGAUCAGCUCCUUUGUCUUGCUCACAUUGUGGAAGAGGUCGUUGUCCUGGCACCACACUGCCAGGUCUCUGACCUCCUCCCUAUAGGCUGUGUUAUCAUCGUCGUUGAUCAGGCCUACAACCGUUGUGUCGUCGGCCAACUUAAUGAUGGUGUUGGAGUCGUGCAUGGCCACUCAGUCAUGGGUGAACAGGGUGUACAGGAGGGGACUAAGCACACACCCCUGAGGUGCCCUCGUGUUGAGGGUCAGCGUGGCGGAUGUGUUGUUGCCUACCCCCACCACCUGGGGGCGUCCCGCCAGGAAGUCCAGGAUCCAGUUGCGGAGGGAGGUGUUCAGUCCCAGGGUCCUUAGUUUAGUGAUGCGCUUGGAGGGUGCUGUGAUGUUGAACCCUGAGCUGUAGUCAGUGAACAGCAUUCUCACGUAGGUGUUUCCUUUUGUCCAGGUGGGAAAGGGCAGUGUGGAGUGCAAUAGAGAUUGCGUCAUCUGUGGAUCUGUUGGGGCGGUAUGCAAAUUGGAGUGGGUCCAGAGUUUCUGGGAUGAUGGUGUUGUGACCCAUGACCAGCCUUUCAUGGCUACAGAUGUGAGUGCUACGGGGCGGUAGUCAUUUAGGAAGUUUACCUUGGCGUCCUUGGGCACAGGGACUAUGGUGGUCUCCUUGAAACAUGUAGGUAUUACAGACUGGGUCAGGGAGAGGAUGAAAUGUCAGUAAAGACACUUGCCAGCUGGUUGGCGCAUGCUCUGAAUACGUGUCCUGGUAAUCCAUCUGACCCUGCAGCCUUGUGAAUGUUAACCUGUUUAAUGGUCUUACUCACAUCAGCUACGGAGAGCGGGAUCACACGGUCAUCCGGAACAGCUGGUGCUCUCAUGCAUGGUUCAGUGUUGCUUGCCUCGAAGCUAGUAUAGAAGUCAUUUAGCUUGUGUGGUAGGCUUGCGUCACUGGGCAGCUCACGGCUGGGUUUCCCUUUGUAAUCUGUGAUAGUUUGCAAGCCCUGCCACAUCCGACGAGAGUCAGUCAGUGUAGUAGGAUUCGAUCUUAGUCCUGUAUUGAUGCUUUUCCUGUUUGAUGGUUCGUCAGAGGGCAUAGCGGGAUUUCUUAUAAGCGUCCAGAUUAGUUUCCCACUCCUUGAAAGCGGCAGCUCUAGCCUUUAGCUCAGAGCGGAUGUUUCCUGUAAUCCAUGGCUUCUGGUUGGGCUAUGUACGUACGGUCACUGUGGGGAGGAUGUUGUCGAUGCACUUAUUAAUGAAGCCGGUGACUGAUGUGGUAAACUCCUCAAUGACAUCGGAUGAAUCCCGGAACAUAUUCCAGUCUGUGCUAGCAAAACAGUCCUGUAGCUUAGCAUCCGCUUCAUCGGACCACUGCCGUAUUGAGCACGUCACUGGUACUUCCUUUUUUUCGUUUUUACAUGUAAGCAGGAAUCAGGAGGAUAGAGUUAUGGUCAGAUUUGCUAAAUGGAGGGUGAGCUGUGUACGAGUAAAGAUGAUCUAGAGUUUUUUUUCUCCCUCUAGUUGCACAUGUGACAUGCUGGUAGACAUUAGGGAAAGCUGAUUUCAAUUUCCCUGCGUUCAAGUCCCCGGCCAGUAAGAGUGCUGCUUCUGCUGUCUUGUCAGGUCCUCUCCGGUUAUCAGAGGGGAGGUGCGCAACUCAAUAUUAGGAAAGUGUUCUUAAUGUUUUGUACGCUCAGUGUGUGUAUGUGUGUAUAUAUAUAGAUAGAUCGAUAUAGAUAUACACUAUAUAUACAAAAGUAUGUGGACACCCCUUCAAUUUAGUAGAUUCGGGCUGUUUCAGCCACCCCUGUUGCUGAUGGAUGUAUAAAAUCUAGCACACAGCGAUGGAAUCUCCAUAGACAAACAUUGGCAAUAGAAUGGCCUUACUGAAGAGCUCAGUGACUUUCAACGUGGCACCGUCGUAGGAUACCACCUUUCCAACAAGUCAAUUAGUCACAUUUCUGCCCUGUUACAGCUGCCCCGGUCAGCUGUAGGUGCUGUCAUUGUGAAGUGGAACAACGGCUCAGCAGCAAAGUGGUAGGCCACACAAGCUGACAGAACGUGACCGCUGAGUGCUGAAGCACGUAGCGCGUAAAAAUCGUCAGUCCUCGGUUGCAACAUUCACUACCGAGUUCCAAACUGCCUCUGGAAGCAAUGUCCGCACAAGAACUGUUCGUCGGGAGCUUCAUGAAAUGGGUUUCCAUGGCAGAGCAGCUGCACACAAGCCUAAGAUCACCAUGCGCAAUGCCAAGCGUCUGCUGGAGUGGUGUGAAGCUCGCCGCCAUUGGACUCUGGAGCAGUGGAAACACGUUCUCUGGAGUGAUGAAUUCACCAUCUGGCAGUCUGAUGGAUGAAUCUGGGUUUGGCGGAUGCCAGGAGAACGCUACCUGCCGGAAUGCAUAGUGCCAACUGUAAAGUUUUGUGGAGGAGGAAUAAUGUUCUGGGGCUGUUUUUCAUGGUUUGGGUCGAGCCUAAGGAAAGCCCUUAGCCGUGGUAUAUUGGCCAUAUACCACACCCCCUCUGGCCUUAUUGCUUAAAUAUGUUCCGGAUUCUGACAUUGCUCGUUCUGAUAUUUAUUUUUACUUUUUGGAUUAUGUGCAUAGUGUUUUGUAUUGCUAGGUAUUAUUACUGUACUGUUGGCGCUAGAAACACAAGCGUUUUGCUGCAUCUACGACCAAUAAACAUACAUUUUAUUUUAUUUGAAGCAUAGAAGAUGUCAUUUAAUGGCUAAUGCCAUCUAAAUCUCUUCUGAAAGGAUAAAGAAUAUGCUUGCAGGGUUUCCUUUACUUGUUCUCUUACCAAAGAGAUUUUGUCUUUUUCAUUCUAACCAUAAUGCCCUCAGCUCAGUGUGAGAUUAAAUGAAAAUAUAACUUUGGGUAGACAUUGUCCUUGAUAAUCUGUAGGUCUUCCAGUUGGAACCGAUUUAAAGUAAUGAUGCUUAUUUUCGCCUUAAACGUCCCCUGUGCUUUGUCUCCACAGUGCCCUUAAAGACAGCCGUUUUCCCUCCAUGACGAGGGACGAGCUGCCACGCCUCUUCUGCUCAGUGUCUCUGCUCACCAACUUCGAGGACGUCGGUGAUUACCUUGACUGGGAGGUAAGAGACUGAAACAAGACAGGUAGCUAUUAAUUCAUCUUAUGCAAUACUCUUCAGUCAUAGAAUUUUUAUUGAAAUGAAAUGGCCUUCACAUAUGUGAAUCCAGUAGCUUAGAUUGACUGUGCCCCAGAGAGCAGUACACUCUCCACACAGAGCACACUGUAAGAGACAAUCUCCUGUGUGAAGUAGAGAUCAGAAUUGAAUAGGGAAAGGGCUCUGCUGCAGUGGCACCUUCAUGUCCUGAAUGAAAUGGGCCUCAUUGCAGCCUGGAUAUUCACACAGCAAGGAUGGCAGACAAUCAACAUUCACACACACAGGCAAUAUGUCUUUGUGGUGAGGACAUAAGCAGUUACCUUGUUGACCCAGAGGGGCUACACUACAGGGAGUGGGUGGGACAAGGGCCGUGACGUGGGUGGGUGAUCACCUGCCGGUUUGGAUUAUAAUGGGAACAAUCCUCUGAGCUACCUUGACUGGAUCGUGGCCCUGCUCAAGUGUGCUGGUUUACAGGGACAGAUCCUGUCUCCUCCAUCCAGUCACUCUCCUAUUACUGUGGCCAUCCCUCCCUCACUCUAAACCUCCAUUUCCCUCUCAGCCUCUCAUUCCCCCUUUCACAAAAUAGAACCCAGUAUGUUAGGCUUAGUGCAGCAAGACCUAUGAAGGCAUUCUAGUAGGUUGGACAGUGUGGCCGAAGACGUGUAGUUCGUAUAGAUAUUUCUCUCUGUUGGUACUGUCAUUAAAGGGAUGUCUCUUCUUCCCUCUCUCUCUUCCCUCUCUCUGACAUGUAGGUGGGUGUUCAUGGCAUUAGGAUAGAGUUUUUCAAUGAAAAAGGAUCAAAGCGCACCGCCACCUACCUACCAGAGGUCGCAAAAGAGCAAGGUAAGUGGAAUCGUGUGUCCCAUCACCUUUGUAUGAUCUCUGAAUGACUGAAGGUCUUUGUUGUAGAGAGAAGUGGUAUUCAAGGGGAUAUAAAGGGGGAUGUUCAAGAAGAUAUAACCUUCUCUGUGCAGGAUGGGACCACAUUCAGACCAUAGAUUCCUUACUACGAAAGGGAGGCUACAAAGCUCCCAUCACAAAUGACUUCAGGAAGACCAUUAAGUUGACCAGGUAAGAGAGGCUGCUUUCACACCGGAUGCUGUCUGACUUCCACUGCUGGCCUUGGUUUUGCCUUAAGUGUAGAUUUUGAAAGUGUAAGUGUUGCUCACUGCUGGGAAAAUGGCACUGGCGCAUAAUUACUGUAGGUGACCCUCCCAAAGCCCACCAUGGUCCUGUUUGCCACAGUACCACCAGGGAGAUCAGUGACAGAGUACUGCUAGAUCCAUAGCAGCAUUAGGAUGUAAAGAUUGUAGUGCCGCUGCCAGUUAAGUUGGGGUAACUGUGCCUUCUCUAACUUCCCUCUCCUCCUGCUCAGGUACCGUAGCGAGAAGAUGACGAUGAGCUAUGCGGAGUACAUCGCCCACCGCCAGCACCAUCACUACCAGAAUGGCACCGGGCACCCUCUACCCCCAUACAACCAUUAUUCCUGA